AUGAUUUUGUCCCCAGACGCCGAAAAUUGGCUGAAAACAAGAUUGUGUGAGACGAUUUUAUUGCUUUGUAAAUCAGGUCUUAAAUUCGAAUCUCAGUUUUCAGUGGAUGGCCUGUUGGCCGUCACGAUUGAUCGCAACGAAGUGUUGCUUGUUAACAUCAGGGAAGUUGUUGAUCAUAAUAAUGAUGAUUCUGGUAACAACAAUAAUAAUAUUAACAACAACAACAAAAAUAUUAACAACACUACUACUGUUCAAAAGAAAUGUAACAAUAAUGGUUCUAACUCUGUAAGUAUAAACAAGAACCUCGGUUAUGUCCAUGGUCACAACAGCAGCAGCAGUAGUCGGAGGAAAAAAGUGAAACCAUCAAUUUCAAUUAGUUCUACAUUAAUAUCUGAUGAUGAUGAUGGUGGUGAUAAUAACAACAACAACGAUAAUAAUAACAUUUUGAACUGUUGUAACAAUAAGUCUACUCAGUUUCCAGAAAGAAAACGCCACGUCAAAAACAAUAAAACUAUUGACAAUCGCAACAGCCUGAACAACAAUAAUAACAAUAGCUCAUUAACUUUUAGUAAUACACUAGAUGAUUUAUAUGACAAUAGCCACAACAACAACAACAACAAUAUGGAUGAUGAUGGUGACAUGGGUGGUGAGGAGUUUGAACUUGGUAAGGUAAAAGUCGAAGAUGACUAUCAUUAUACUAAUUUCAAUCAACAACAAUUCAAUCAGCAACAUUCCAAUCAACAAAUAUACAACGACCAAUCUUUAAAUGGAAGUAUUUUCAGUACCGAACAACUGCAUCAACAACAAUCCCAUCAACAAAUUGUGUUAAUCAAAGGUCUAAAAACAUUAUCAAAAAUACUCAUCGAAGUCUUUCUAUUUCAAAUUUCCAGCAACCAGCAAACAUCUCAACACCAACUUCAACCACUACAUUAUUUGACCGGAAUGUUGUUGCUGAAUAACUUUAACUUUCCCUAUCCUGAUUGGAAAACAUGUGAGUCCCUGGCCAGCCAGUGCGGAAUUUCCAGCUCUAAAGUUAAUAAGUGGUUCAGCAAUAGGAGGAACAGGGACAAAAAUACCAGGAAUCUAACCGACAUUGCUAAUAGGAGGGGAAAGUGA